GCGGUCUCAGUCCAACCCACGAAUACCUCGACAUCCUCUCCGAGCUUACGCGUCUCUUCGACGUACCUGUUAUAUUUCAUGAUCAACUCGGCAAUGGACGCUUUGGGCCACGCCUCUCCCAAAGAAGAAUGGAGAUGUACACUUCCACACUGUGCAGCUCUUCGUUGACGAGCUACACAACCUCCACUUAAGCAUCCAUGACAACUAUAACGUACUUGAACAGAGCUGGUGAGGGAUGCUGGCAUCAGAGUUUACAACCCGCCAACCAAAAGGCCUCGGGAAACUGGUGAUUGUUGAUUUGCUAGCGAGUACAAUGCUGUGGGUUAAGGCCGCAAACGAGUUGAGGAAGGGGUUGUCGCAGGAAGUACAGUAUGCGUUGAAUAAGCACGAGGCGGUGGAUACAACAACGGAUCCAGAGUAUAUUGCCACAACGAACGAAUUUUACAAGCAGCACUUGUGUAGGCUCGACCCAAUGCCUCAGUGCCUGGUGGACAGGCUUGGGCGACGACAUUGCUCAUCAACGGAAGGUACGAUGAAGCACACGACAUGGUCGUGGAGCCCUUCUUUCAGCAUAUCCCGAAGGUACGGUGGGUACAAUCUGCGGACUCAGCACAUUUCCCGUACCUGGAAUAGACGGAAAGGUUUAUGUAGGUGGUGUGCGCCUGCUUGCGUGACUGAAGUGACUGGAGGUAUAGAGGCGGUGUAAAAUAAAUAGUGGUGAGGUGCACAGUGUAUAAUAUAAGUAUGAGUGCAAGGUGUAAUAUGAAUGGAUCGAGAUUCGACAUUGCAAGCUGCCUCCAACUGCAAAUUGAUG